AUGCGCCGGGGGCUGCCCGCGCUCCGCGGCCUCCUCGGGGGCGGCUCCGCGGGGCGGCCGCUCCGGCUCCCGGCGCCCAGCGGGCCCCGCGCCGCCCCCGCCGGCGGUCCCGAGCCGCUGGCUGAGGGGAGCGGGGGCGGCCAGCUCAACAUUCUGCCGUCCUUUGGGUUUCUUUUUGACAUUGAUGGUGUACUGGUACGAGGAAAGACUCCAAUACCUGCUGCAAAAACAGCCUUUCAAAAGCUAGUUAAUUCUCAGGGACAAUUCUUGGUGCCUGUAGUAUUUGUCACCAAUGCAGGGAAUUGCCUUCGCCAGAAAAAAGCUGAUCAGUUGUCUCAUAUACUGGGAGUUCCAAUUUCACAAGACCAAGUGAUGAUGUCACACAGUCCUCUGCGGAUGUUCAAACGUUAUCAUGAAAAAUGUGUUCUUGUAUCUGGACAAGGACCGCUUCUGGAUAUUGCUCAAGAUCUUGGUUUCAGUCAACCCAUCACCAUUGAAACAUUGCGGGAGAAAUACCCUUUGCUAGAUGUAGUUGACCAUGACAGAACACCUAAUAUUUCGUACCCCUCUGCUGUGGAGCUUCCCAAGAUUGAGGCUGUUGUUUUGUUUGGGGAGCCAGUCAGAUGGGAAACCAACCUUCAAUUGAUCAUAGAUGUUUUGUUGACAAGUGGCUAUCCUGGAAAUCCAUAUCACCAUGAAAAUUACCCUCAUAUACCUGUACUUGCUUGUAAUAUGGAUCUGAUGUGGGUAGCUGAAGCACAGUCUCCAAGGUUUGGGCAUGGAACAUUCAUGGUUUGUUUGGAAAACAUUUAUAAGAAGAUCACUGGCAAAGAUCUGAAAUAUGAGGCCUUAAUGGGCAAGCCUAGUGAACUGACCUAUCAGUACGCAGAAUACCUUAUCAGGACUCAAGCAGCAGAAAGACAAUGGAAGCAACCUAUUCAAACUCUUUAUGCUGUUGGAGAUAAUCUCAUGACUGAUGUCUAUGGUGCUAACCUUUACAAUCGCUAUCUUGAAGAGAAGAACUCCAGAAAAGGUUCAAAAACACAGAUUCAGGCCAAAGUUGCUGGAGGCAGAGGGUCUGCUGCUCUCUCUCAGGAUGAUGAAAUAGACAACAGUUGGGAGAAUGAAUUAGCAUCUGCUGCUGCUACUCACUGUAGGUCUGUUCUCGUUUGUACUGGGGUUUAUAAUCCUCACACAGAGGCACCCUUGGAUACCAAGGAGAGCAUAACCGAAACAGUGUUCCAUGGCCACAGAGAUUUUAGGUUUGAUCCCGGUUUAGUAGAACCAGAUCAUAUUGUACCAGAUGUUGAUGCUGCUGUAGACCUGAUCUUUCAUCUGGAGAACUUUGCUCCUAAUUGAGAUUACAUGAUUUCUUAAGGACUACUCAGUGCUACACUCCUCCCCACCCCCCAAAUCCAACAGCAUGCUUUAAAAUCAUGCCACAAACUUUCUAAAGUUUUUUUUUUUUUUUUUUUACUUUUUCAUUUAUAUAAACUUAUAUAAAUUUAUAUACAUAUAAGUAUAUAUGAGCACAGAUUAAUAUGCUAAAUGUACUUAAUAUAAAAUUAUAUACAUUAAAAAUCUGUGCUUAAUAUACUUAAUAUAAAAUUAUAUAAGUAUAAAUCAUACUUUAAAAAAUAUUUUGAAAAUAUGUAAUUUCUUGCUUUAGUUGCCCUUUAUUUCAUCCUAUUCAUUUUUUUAGAUAUUUUAGCUAUUUUAUCAUAAUGGCUUGUGUGUAUUACUGGUACUUAAAUUGCCACGUGACAGUUCAUUUUUUGUUCGCUGAAAGAUUUAGCUUCUAACUUUUGGGGGUGUUUGUGAUGCUGGGGUUGUUCACACGAUUAGAAAUUGGUCAGUAAUGAUCACAGUAUUCUGCAAGUAAUGCAGACUUCUCAUAUUCUGCAAGUACUGUGCACUUUUUCAAAUGUGUUGCUUCAAAUAAGUGCUAAAUUCAAGUAUGUUCUGUUUCUUUGUACUCACAUGUAACCCCACAGCAUUUCUUCUUAUCUGUUUUUGCAGUAUGUCUGUAGCUACAGUGCCUCUCUACUUUGACAUGUAAAUCUGUAAAAGAAAUGCCCAUAUAAGCUGAUGAAGGUUGAGUUGUUAACACCAUUUUUAGAACUCCUGCAAAGCUGAAUAGAAGAAACGCAGCUAACAACGGCUGUUCUGCAUGGCAUAAUACCUGGCCUUUUGUUGUUACCUUUUUAUUUGCACUUCUAUGGGGAAUUUAGAGUUUUAGAAAGCUUUAGAAAUUUUCCGGCAUUUCUCUCAGCUGGACUUCUCCACUGAAUGUGUGACUGUUAUUUGGGCAAAAAGUGCCUAGUAAUUUACUUGAAGCUUCAUACCACUGUGGUAGUUAACUGGCCUUUAAAUUAAUAUAUUUUCUGUGUGUCAAUGUUACGUGUUCAGUUCAUGGAUUUUAUAUCUGUUCAUUAAAAAAAAGUAAUUUAUUUUACCUUAUUUUUGUAAAAUACUUUAACAUUUUAAUCCAAAUCUUUCAAAAUAGUUCUAUUGGUUGUAACAGUGUACUUGUGAGAUAUGUCUGUCCUUUAUUGAUUGGCAAACAUAAGUCAAUUAAGUGUAUUUAAAAACAAAGUCAACUUACACAGAAAUCACCUUAGGGAGCUAGUCAGGUAUGGGUUUUAUUUUGUUGUCUUUUGCUUGUUUAUUUUUUGUUUUGCAAAUUAGAAAUUGUACAAACAAAUCGGUGGGUCUUCCAUUUUAGACAGGUGGUGGCAUGAAGAAAAAUGACUUCCUGGCUGACUUCUUCACUGUUUAUUAUCGUGAAUUCAAAAUCUGAAAACUCUUCAUGUCACGAAGAGAUCAAAAUUGCUACAAUGCAGUCAGGCUUAUCUUGUGUUUUUUCCAUGUGCAAAUCACUCUAAUCCCUCUCUCAACUAUCAAGAUUGUUGAUUCAUGCACUGGUAAUAUUUCAUAAGUAACUUUCAACAUACCUUGAUUGAUCCAGGAUUCUAAGUUUAAGGAAACUGUUCCAAACAGUGUAUCUCCUUUUUCUUCACUGGGGAAAUAUUAUAGCUGCAUAUUCUUGCCUUUCUUAUUGUCACAGCAAGCGAAUAUGUAUCUACUUCUUUAGCACAUUUCUGUAAUACGCCAACUAUUUGCAAAGUAUGCCGAAUCUUUCUAAGUAAAGAGUGUAGUUAUGGUUUUGUAAGAUGACAGGAUAACGGAAGAUGUGUUGUUUCAAUAUUGGAGCAUGUUGCAGAGCUCUUUAUUAUUGGAAACCGUUUUAGGACCAUCAGUGAAGCAAGAAAUAAAAAUGUGGAAGUUGAUGAAG